AUGAUCCAUUCGCUCUCUUUGUGGAUAAGCCACAAGCACAGGGCUAUACCAAUAUCACCUGCCAAAUUAGCAAAUUCAAACUUCAACAGUUCUAGUGGUUUAUCCAUGGCUUUAACCAUAGCUUCCUCAGCACUUUCAAGCUUUCCAAGCAGGGAAAUCCCAAGAAAUUCUUUGGCGCCAGGCAAGGUUGCAGCAAAAUUGCCAGGGAGAUGGAAAAGUUUAAAUGCUACGAAAGGAGGAGUGUCGAGCGUUUGUGAACCACUGCCUCCGGAUAGGCCGCUGUGGUUCCCUGGCAGUUCACCUCCCGACUGGCUUGAUGGCAGUCUUCCUGGAGAUUUUGGCUUUGACCCACUGGGAUUAGGUUCUGAUCCAGAACUGCUUAAAUGGUUUGCACAAGCUGAACUAAUGCAUGGCAGAUGGGCUAUGCUUUCUGUUGCUGGAAUUCUUAUUCCAGAAUGGCUAGAAAGCCUUGGAUUCAUUGAGAAUUUCUCAUGGUAUGACGCUGGAGCUCGCGAAUACUUUGCAGAUCCUACAACUUUAUUUGUUGUGCAAUUAGCCCUGAUGGGGUGGGUCGAGGGCCGGAGAUGGGCCGAUAUGAUCAAUCCGGGGUGUGUUGAUAUUGAACCAACAAUCCCACAUAAGAACAAACCGAAGCCAGAUGUUGGUUACCCCGGUGGCCUAUGGUUUGAUCCCUUAAUGUGGGGAAGAGGAUCGCCUGAGCCAGUGAUGGUGUUGAGGACGAAAGAGAUCAAGAAUGGGAGACUUGCAAUGUUAGCUUUUGUUGGUUUUUGUUUCCAGGCCAUUUACACUGGACAGGGCCCUAUGGAAAACUUGAUGUGCCACAUUGCAGAUCCUGGUCACUGCAACAUUUUUUCGGCUUUCACAUCCCAGUAG